AUGCGGUUUAUUAGCAAAUUGACAACAUUAGUUGCUUUCGGAACUGUCUCCACCGCUACUGCCAUCCAAAAGCGUGGCCCUACUUGCUCCAACGUCAGCUUCAACGUCAACAUCAACGUACUCAACUUCAACCUUACUGGACUAGACCCAAAUAACCUGUUGGGUACCUUUGGCUCCUUGCCUAACCCUACCCUCGGUGUUGCAGUCUCUAGUAACUUCCACAUUGCUGGUCGGUUCUGCGAACCAGAGGUCGUCAACCCAAGUCGUCAAAAUACUCUUCAGUUCCUUGUUCAUGGUGCGACAUACACCAGAGAUUGUAAGUGGCGAAUUGGAAAAGUGAAAAGCGAAGGUGACGUCCUGACACAACACGAUAGAUUGGACUGGUAAAGGCUUUAAUGGCGACCAAUACUCAUGGGUUGACUAUGCAUCCAAGCAAGGCUACCCUACUCUAGCUAUUGAUCGUUUAGGCAAUGGUGCAAGCGACCAUCCUGAUCCUAUCCUUGUUGUCCAAUACCCGGCCCAGACUGAGGUUCUACACAAGGUCUUACAAGCGAUCCGAUCUGGAGCUGGUAACAGUCUCCCUCGUCAAUUCAGCAAGAUGUAAGUUUCCUCAAGUUUCAUCACGUUGUACAUUUUCCUCGGUGCAAUACGCAUGCUAAUGCUUUCACAUUGCAGCAUCUACGUCGGCCACAGCUACGACUCAAUCAUUGGCAACGCGUUGACAUCAAAAUAUCCCACCGACGUAGACAGCAUAGUCCUCACCGGCUGCAGCAGCGUCUUCUACUACACGAACCAAACCAUAGCUGGACUAGCAGUCUUCGCCCCCGCUUCCAUCACCGAUCCCGCCCGCUUCGGCAACCUCUCACCUGGUUACGUCCAAACCAUCAACCUGGACGGAGUCCGCGAAGUCUUCUACCGGGCUCCCAACUAA